GGACUUACUGCAUCUAUUCUGCUGCAAUCUCCCCCAAUACAUGUCCAAAGAGUGAAGGAAAAUUCUUGUUCGGGAUUGGAUACUGGGAUAACCAAUUCUGGUUGAAUGACAGCGAGAUGAAGGGAGUGUUACCUGGUGGUAAUUCUGAUCGUGGAGGAAGAACUGGAAUAUAUUUCUGUUGCCAAGGAAGCAAGGAUCCUAACAUCCCAAUGUCGUUACCAAUUGAUCAACCAUUCUACCUGCUGGCUUUUAAAUCUUCAGUUUGUCAGAAAGUGGAGUGGGCGACAGUUAGUCCACAAUUCAUUCUUUAUGAUACAUCAGAUUACACGAGGAAUCGGGAUUCGUUCAUGUAUUCUACACCAUUCAACGCCAAGAAAAAUGAUCCAAAGAUACAUUACUGUUAUUAUGAAG